GGCAGUUUACAGGGGCCAGAGGCGGAGAAAGGGCGGCGGGCGUGUCCGGGAACGCGGCGGGUGGCGAUUCAGCCGGCGCCAGGCAGGCAGAGCCGCGCGUGAGGCUGGCCGAGGGGGCACGGUUCUGGGCCAGUGUGAGCGUUCCAGCGGGUCCAUGGUGGAGCUCAGUUUUCACUGGAGCAUCGAUCUUGGGGAAUGUGGACUGAUACCCUGGCCAAGCUUGGAGCAAAUGAGGCAGCCUAUGGAGGGCUCAGCCUGACUGACUUCCCGUGACCCAGAGCCCGUGCUGUCUCCACCUUCCUGUCUUAGGAGCCCACAGCACUGCCUGCUCUGAGAAAUGCUGGAAGUUGGGCGAGGCCCAGGCCGGGGGACCUGUUUUUCCUGUUUCCCACAGAGUUCCCUGCAGCCCUGUCCUGGUGUGUGCAUUCAUGAGUGAGGAACCUGAGCCAACGCUGAGCAUCCCAACAGUGAGAGCAGGGGCUGGUCAGGGCGAUGGCCACAGGCCCGGGCCUCUGGAAUGACACCAUCAAUGGCACCUGGGAUGGGGAUGAGCUGGGCUACAAGUGCCGCUUCAAUGAGAACUUCAAGUACGUGCUGCUGCCUGUGUCCUAUGGCCUGGUGUGCGUGUUUGGGCUGUGUCUGAACUCCGCGGCGCUCUACAUCUUCCUGUGCCGCCUCAAGACCUGGAACGCCUCCACCACAUACAUGUUCCACCUGGCUGUGUCGGAUACGCUGUAUGCGGCCUCCCUGCCCCUGCUGGUCUAUUACUACGCCCGCGGAGACCACUGGCCCUUCAGCACGGUGCUCUGCAAGCUGGUGCGCUUCCUCUUCUACACCAACCUCUACUGCAGCAUCCUCUUCCUCACCUGCAUCAGUGUGCACCGCUGCCUGGGCAUCUUGCGUCCACUGCACUCGCUGCGCUGGGGCCGGGCCAGCUAUGCCCGCCGGGUGGCAGCUGCCGUGUGGGUCCUGGUGCUGACCUGCCAGGCCCCGGUGCUGUACUUUGUCACCACCAGUGCACGUGGCGGCCGCGUUACCUGCCACGACACUUCAGCACCCCAGCUCUUCAGCCACUUCGUGGCCUACAGCUCCGUCAUGCUGAGCCUGCUGUUUGUGGUGCCCUUUGCUGUCAUCCUCAUUUGUUACGUGCUCAUGGCUCGGCGGUUGCUGAAGCCAGCCUACGGGACCACGGGAGGCUUGCCACGGGCCAAACGCAAGUCAGUGCGCACCAUCGCCGUGGUGCUGGCUGUCUUCGUCCUCUGCUUCCUGCCUUUCCAUGUCACCCGCACCCUCUACUACUCCUUCCGCACGCUGGACCUCAGCUGCCACACCCUCAACGCCAUCAAUAUGGCUUACAAGAUCACCCGGCCUCUGGCCAGCGCCAACAGUUGCCUGGACCCUGUGCUCUACUUCCUGGCUGGGCAGAGGCUUGUGCGCUUUGCCCGGGACGCCAAGCCACCCACAGACCCCAUUCCUCCCAUCCAGGUUCGCCGCAGGCUGGGUCUGCGCAGGUCCGACAGAACUGACACUAAGAGGACAGGAGACUUGGCCAGGAGUGAGGACUCUAGGCAGACAGAGUCCACACCAGCCAGUGGUGAAAACACUAAGGACAUCCAGCUGUAGGACCUGAACCCUUCAGACCUGCACAAAUUUAUACUGGGGUGUAGGAACUAAGACUUAUUCAAAGGGGACAGUCUCCCCAGAUAUGGACCAUCAGUGACUCAGGCCAGAAGGUCAAGGGAGCCACAAGUCCAGUGCUGUGUCAUUUGGCAUGGGCUCGGUUUGUUCUUUGUGGUCCAGAGAGCUCAAAAGUCCCCACGGUGCCAGGCACCAUUUGCAUGUGUGAACUGGGGAAUAAGGUUUUAAGAAAGGCAAGGGUUCAGGGCCAGUGCUGCCCCUGGUCUGACUCCCACAUGACUACCUGGCUGUGCCUGCCAAGGUACCUAGGCUGGAGCCCAGGCAAUCAAGUAGAGAAACAGGCCCAGGGAGGCAAGUAACUUUCCGAGGUCACUCAGCCAAGCCUGAGCCUCAGCUCUCUGGGAGGCAUGGGGCUACACAUUGACCAGAGGACCCUGGUAAGGAGUCAAGGCUGAGCAAGAGGUUCCCACAGUGGGUCAAGGUGGUCUGAGUGCCACCAUGGUCUCAGCUCUGGGGAGUACCCCAGCCCAAGGGCUGAAUGUUUGGGAAUUUAUGUCAUAAAUCCAUCUGGAGGCUGGGAGCUAAUCUGAGACUGUGACUUCUACUAAAGUUGUUAUUACGUGCUGA